ACGAUGAUGUGAAGUAGAGAAAAAACCUUUUUGAUGUUGAUGAGCAGAUGCAAAUUUUACCACAGGAAGUUGAAAGGAAUAGAAGAGAAAAUAUCUACAAUACCUGGAAACCAUAAAAGGAAAACGCAAGUUGGGGAGGAAGGAAACCAUCAAUUUAAUAAUAGUGAUUUAGAGCUGGAACUGAAUAUGAUGCCAGAAGGAAUGCAACCACUCCCGGACUAGGCACCAUUCAGACCGAAACAAAAACAAUGGGUAAAGCCUGGAAAUCUUGUGGCUUGUCUCUUGUUGACAAAUAGAAAACAGCUUCAUUAAAAGUUGCUGUCUUUGACGUAUUCUGGAAGUAUGGGAUGACAAGAAAGGAGAGCAGGAGGGUAAAAAUGGCAAUACGAAGUCAAAUCGAAGCAGUAAAAAACAGUUAACAAGUCAAAAGUCAAAACUGUGACUGACUGACUAUCCAUCCAAAGGCAAAGGUUGCAACUUUAAGUCUUUAACUGGAUCUGGUCAGCGAGGCGGAUAGGAGGGAAAACCAAAACGCAAGAAAAGAUGAAGGCUUUGGGAUGGUGGUUAAUGCUGGUGGGUUCACUUCGAUUGGUUUCCGUUUGGUUCGGCUUUUUUGAUAUUUGGGCUCUUCGUCUCGCUGUUUUCUCCAACACCAUCAUGACUGAAGUUCACGGGAGGACAUUCGGAGUUUGGACACUUUUGACUUGCACUCUCUGCUUUCUUUGUGCAUUUAACUUGGAAAAUAAGCCACUAUACUUGGUGACAUUUUUGUCAUUCAUCUAUGCCUUUGGUCACUUUUUGACUGAAUACCUCUUCUAUCACACAAUGGCCCUUUCAAAUCUGACAACUGUAGGCAUCUUUGCAGGGACAUCAAUUAUAUGGAUGCUGCUACAGUGGAAUGCACAUCAACAAAGACAUGUCAAGCAUUCCUGAAAAUGGACUCAUUUACUUUCAGUUGCUUUACUCUUAGUGCUGACACAGUGAUUUCUCAGCAUUAAUUUUAUUUUUCAACCAGCUAACGGCUGUUUACAAAUAGAUUGUGGAGGUCUGUCCCUGGCAGAAUUCAAAGCAUUCUGAUGUGCAAUUCUGUUUGAGUACUUUGAUUAUAGUUUAAAUUGUAAGAAAAGAGACAUGGCUCUAAACUUCUAUACCAUACUUAAUUGGUGGUAUUUGGAAUCUAUGGUUUUCUUGGAACCAUUGCAUGAA